AUGCUCAUCAUGAUUCAUCUAAAUUACAAAAUGACAACAAGUGUUGACGUGAGGACUACAUCGGGAACAGUGAGGGGUCGAGUGGUUGUGGCGCUCAACACAACUCUAUACCAAUUUCAAGGCAUACCAUACGCUGAGCCACCCAUCGGUGCGCUCAGGUUUGCUAAACCCAAACCCAUUCAACAGCCCAGAGAUGGUAUAAUAGACGCCACAAAACCGGGAAACAGUUGUAUGCAACAAGAAAUGGGUUUAAUUCCGUUUCCAAUCACUCAGAGUGAGGACAGUCUUGUGCUAAACAUAUGGACACCAACUCUACCCACAGAUAACACAACCAAUCAGUCACUUAAACCGGUUAUGUUUUGGAUAUACGGCGGCGGAUUUACAAUUGGGACCAUUGAUAAAUACAACGGCGGACCACUGGCCGCACACGACGUGGUAUUUGUGGCCCCGAACUAUAGGUUGGGUUACUUUGGUUUUCUAUACGGGGAUCGGGAGGACGCGCCCGGAAAUGUGGGUCUUUAUGAUCAGUUAUUAGCACUUAAAUGGGUUAGAGAAAACAUUCAUUUGUUUGGUGGAGAUAAGGAUCAGAUCACCAUUUUUGGUGAGAGCGCCGGCAGUUGGUCCGUAUCGGCGCACAUACUCUCCCCGCUAUCAAAGGGUCUGUUCAAAAGAGCUAUUAUGUCGAGCGGCGCUCAUAUGUAUAAUAAGGACAGGGAUGUGAUCAGUAAAGAUGAAGCCAUAGCAGAAGGAAAACGUAUUGCCAAAGAGUUGGGUUGGAGUGAAGACAUGGAUUGGAUUCAGUAUUUACGGACAGUUGAGGCCAAGGAUUUGGUAGAUAAGGCCAGAGGAAUGACAUUCCCGGUGUUGGGAACAGAGUUUUUGCCACUUUCGGCACAAAAAGCUUUCGAUAACAAUAAUUUAUAUUUUGACAUCGAUCUAAUGGCGGGCAUUACCAGCACUGAGGGCUCAGUUCUAUCCAAGCUAUAUAUAGCACCGAAUAGAGAGGUUUACACUUUGGAUGACUUCUUGUCAGGGGUUAAGGCAUCGGACGACAUGUUUCACGGCAUAGAUGUGCACAAAUUGACGGCCUAUUACUUGAAAGGUGUGGACACGAGUAGUACACCGGCUCUGAAGCGAGCGUUUUAUAAAUUUUACGGCGAUUUAUUUAUGAAAUACCCGACAUAUCUAUUCGCGCGACAAAUGGCCACAACUGUUGGCAAUCGGCAUAACAUAUACUUCUAUGAACUCUCAUAUCAAAGUCAGUUCUUUGCCAAACACUUUCAAUGCGAUGACAAGGAGUCGGCGGUCGGACACGGAAUGGACUUACCGUUUGUCUUCGGUAUACCUCUCUUGACACAAAUGGCCGAUUCUUUUGAUGAAACCGAUCGUCGCUUCAGUCGUGAUGUGAUGCGGAUGUGGACUAACUUUGCGAAAUACGGCAAACCUGACGACAAAUGGCCGCAACUGUUGAGUGAUCCGAAUGUACCGAAAGUGAAGGAUUUAAACCCCGACUCAAACCGACCCCCACUUCACGACCCGUACGGGCAUUGCUAUGAAAAUAUUUGGCAUGAUUAUUUUAUAUAA